AUGUCCCUGGGGAGGCCCUGGGCAGCUGACAGAGGGCUGUGGGACAGCAGUCCCAGCACUGAGUGUCUUCAGGUGCCUGCAGGUGUGAAGGAGGACUCAUUCAACGUGCUGGACCUGGCAGAGUACACCAAGAACCGGCCCUGGUGGCGCAAGGUCUUUGCCCCCAGCUCGGGGUCGAGUGCUGAGAAGUACAAUGUGGCCACACAGCUGGUGAUUGGAGGGGUCACGGGAUGGUGUACUGGAUUCAUCUUCCAGAAAGUUGGAAAGCUGGCAGCGACAGCGGUGGGAGGUGGCUUUUUCUUACUUCAGAUUGCAAACCACACGGGAUACAUCAAAGUAGACUGGAAGCUAGUAGAACGGGACGUGAACAAAGCCAAGCAGCAGCUGAAAUUUCACAGCAGUGGUAACAAAAUGUCUCCAGAAGUGAAAACCAGAGUGGAUGAGGUGAUCAUAUUUCUGAAGAAGAAUGUUAUCCUGACUGGAGCAUUUGCUGGAGGAUUCCUGCUUGGAAUGGCAUCCUAGAAACUGCACUCUGCUCUCCCUUCAUGUCCAGCCUCCCCUGCCCUCCUCUACUGCUGUUCUCUCUCACUUAGAAGUCAAAGGAUGUUGCCAGCAGGCUCAGUCCCUUCUGCUCCCAGGUUCCUGGGAUCUUUUUUUCUUACAAAGCUGCUUCUGAUUUUCAACUUUUUCCUCUGUCUGGGCUGUUAGGGUGCCAGGAAGCUUAUGAAUCCCAGUGUAUCAUUGUGAUUCCUUUCCCCACCAAAUAUGCCCAGUCUCAAAUUUUCUGAUGAGUUGCAGCCUCAUAAACAUGUAGUGGCAGAGAAAUCUCUUAAAUGCGCUUCUUCCCAGGUGCUCAGGGCUGUUACAUGUACCAGUUACAUGUCUGCCAGUAUAUGUGUACAAC